GUUUCAAUGGUGCAACUUUCACAGUCCCCCCUCCGCCGCCCUUCACCUUCAUGCCACUCUGAAGAAGGGGAAGAGAAGAGCAUGAAGCCAGAUAAGCAGCAGGUGACCCAAGGUCCUCGAGGGGAUAACCAGCCUCCCAUGAGCCCCCUGCAGGCAGCUUUGAAUUCUGCAGCCACAGCUUCUCAGGCAUACGAGACUUACAUUGAUAAUGGACUUAUCUGCUUGAAACACAAAAUUAGGAAUAUUGAAAAAAAGAAGCUCAAGUUAGAAGACUACAGGGAUCGGCUGAAAAGGGGGGAGGUCCUCAAUCAAGAUCAGUUGGAAGCUGUUGAAAAAUAUGAAGAAGUUAUACAUAACUUGGAGUUUGCUAAAGAACUUCAGAAGACAUUUUCUGGACUAAGUCAAGAGCUACUAAAAGCACAGCGGAAAGCGCAACGAAGAGAAACCUUACUGAAACUUGAAGCCGAGAAGAAAAAACUCCGCACAAUACUGCAGGUCCAGUAUGUGCUGCAGAAUUUCACUCAAGAGCAUGUGCAGAAAGACUUCAGAAGUGGCUUGAAUGGUGCAAUAUACUUGCCUUCUAAAGAAUUAGACUACCUCAUUAAGUUUGCAAAAUUGACAUGUUCAGAAAGAAAUGAAACUGUUAGCAUUGAAGACCAAAUGGAGCAGUCAUCACUCUAUUUCUGGGACCUGCUAGAAGGCAGUGAAAAAGUAGUGGUUGGGACAACCUAUAAGCAUCUGAAGGAUUUGUUAUCAAAAUUAAUAGAUUCUGGAUAUUUUGAAAACAUUCCUACCCCUUGCAACAAACCAGAAAAAAAAGAACUGAGAGAAGAAAUGCUUGAAAAACCCAAACAAUUAUCAAAACCAGAAUCUGUCAAUGAAAUAGAAUCUCAGAGGCAGCAUGUUAAAUCUGAAAUACAACCUCAAGAAUUUCUUAAUAGGCGCUAUUUGCCUGAAGCAGACUGUACUGUCAAGCCAGAAGGAACCAAACACUGGGAAAUAGAACAUACUACAAAAAGUGAUCCCCCCAAAUCCUGGGAAAUGCUGGUUGAUGUUGAAGAAGAGGAACAGAAAAGGCAAAAUCCAGACUCCACAAAGUCAUUGGAAUCUGUAAACCAGGAAGGGAAGAAGAAGCUGGAACUUUCACGGCCUUGGGAAUUGCCUCUUCAAGAAGUUGAUGAUCAUAAGCAGGAUGUUCCGAAGCCUUGGGUGGCCCCAGUUAAAGAAGAGCAGGCCUCUUCCAAAUCCUGGGUAACAAAAGAGAAAGAACAGCAGGAACCAAAGCAAGAAGGUCCUAAGCCUUGGGUAACUAAAACUAAAGGAGGAUUGGAACAAAACCAGGAAAAGCCAAAAAUGUGGGUGUCUCAAACUAAUAUGGACACUUUGAAAAAAACAGAACCUGUGAAGUCUUGGGAUGCACGUGUCCAAGAUGAGAAACAGCAACCUGAAAAGCCAUGGGUGGGGCAUAUAGGAGAAGAGGAUGAGCAAAAAUCCCAGCCUCCAAAAGCUUGGGAAACAUCUGAAAGAUCACAGCAAGUGGUCCAGCAGCCAUUACAGAAUCCUCCUAAGAUCUGGGGAGUUGGGAAUCUUGUACCAAAGGAUCAGACUGAGCUAAAGAAGCUUGACGGGGAACUGAAAGAAGGUGGAAAGACAAGUGGAGUAAAUGAACACAGCAUUGAUGGGUCAAAGAAAAAAGGGAGCUUUCAGUCAAUUGGAGAACCAUGUAAAUUAUCCAGGAAUAUCCAAAACGUCAUGCAGGUAGCUAAGCCUGUGCACCAAACAGCUGCAGAGUUUUGCUCUACUUCUAGCCUUCCAAAGGAUCCCAUCCUCAGAAGGGAAAAACUGCAAGAUUUGAUGACUCAAAUUCAGGGGACUUACAAUUUCAUGCAGGAAUCACUUCUGGAUUUUGAUAAACCUUCACAAAGUGCUGGCUGUUCAUCACAAGCAUCUUCUGUUGAUUCUUCUGCUUCUAAUGAACAACUUUCAAGCCAAAAUGAUUUCCCUGAACAAUCAAUGCAGAGUGCUUCUUCUCCUGUGACUUUGCAUGGAUCAAACACUUCCUUAAUUUCUGAUAACACCUUGUCUGGAUCAGAAACUGAACUUCAUUCACCACAGGUUCCUACUCCACUUUCAAGUGAAUCACAGACCCCACUGACACCCUCAAGAACUACCGUAUCACCAGUACAUCAGGGGAACGUUUUUCAAUCUCCUCCAUCAAGUAGCAAUGCGGUUAAUGUAAAAGCACCUCCUUUUCAGGCUAUGCAGACUGUGUUCAAAGUGAAUGCACCUUUGCCACCUCGUAGAGAGCAGGAUGCAAAAGAGAAUUCUCUGCAUUCCACAGGAUACAAUCAGAAUUUUUCAACAGCAAGCACACAGACGCCACCCCCAUGUAAAUUACCAUCAACUCAAAAUGCAGAACAAACAACUUUUUCCCAAGAGUCUCUUUCAAAUGGUACUUGCCAGGCUGAGGGAGCUGUUCCUGUCAGCAAUGGUACCCUCACUUUUUAUGCAGCACAGACAGCCACUUUUCCUAGACCAUCACAGCCUUUUAUUGGAAACCGUGGAUCUAUCAGAGGGUCUCUCAGGGGUGUAAGAUCGAUGAACAAUUCUUAUCGCUCUCCUGGUGGAUACAAAGGUUUUGAACCUUACAGAGGAUCGCCUUCAAUCCCUAAUGGAACCUAUAGCCAAUUACAGCUUCCUGGCAGAGAUUAUUCUUCAGUGCAGUAUUCUCAGAGGGAUAUGAAUUACCAACCAAACUAUAAGCGAGGCGGUAUUAAUAGUGGUCGAACUAAUUCAAGAGCAGGAUGGAACGAUUCUUCUCAGGUGAGCAGUCCAGAGCGUGACAAUGAGAUGUUUAACAGUGGGGAGACUGGGCAGGGUGAUUCCCGCAGCAUCACUCCUGUCGAUAUACCUGUGACAAGCCAAGCAGCCACCCUACUACCUGUACACGUCUAUCCCCUCCCACAGCAGAUGAGAGUUGCCUUUUCUGCUGCUAGAACUUCUAACUUGGCUCCUGGAACUUUAGAUCAACCCAUCGUGUUUGACCUCUUGUUAAACAAUCUUGGCGAAACCUUUGAUAUACAACUUGGUAGGUUCAAUUGUCCUGUUAAUGGUACUUAUGUAUUCAUAUUCCAUAUGUUGAAGCUAGCUGUGAAUGUACCAUUAUACGUGAACCUCAUGAAAAAUGAAGAGGUUUUAGUCUCUGCGUAUGCCAAUGAUGGGGCUCCAGAUCAUGAGACUGCAAGCAACCAUGCAGUCCUCCAGCUCUUUCAAGGAGACCAGAUUUGGCUACGCCUUCAUAGAGGAGCUAUUUACGGAAGUAGUUGGAAAUAUUCUACCUUCUCAGGAUAUCUCCUGUAUCAAGACUGAACAUUAAGCUGCUCCAACGGUUUGGUGAAGGAAGGUUAAAACUGGUGGGCUAGUUUCACAUUGCAUACUAAAUACUAAAGUGGGAAAAUGGUGAUCUGUCUUGCAACGAGUUGGAGUUGGAUCAGCACUAAUGUGGCACUUUAUCAGUUGUGAUAUAACCUUGAUAGUAAAGCUCUGAAUGUUAUGUUUGCACUUACUCUUGAACUGUAAUUUAUCAGCUUACUAUGCUAUUCAAAUUUGCCUCAAGUUUAGGCUAUUCGCAACGCCUUGUGCCUAAAUAAAAACAAUUAAUAUGCCUUAGUAUCAAUGUCUCUGCUACUGUGAUAAUUCUGGGUCAUAUUAACUUUCUGGAGGGCUGUGAAGACUUGGCUUGUUCAUCCGGGCAUUAUGCUAGGAUAGAAGUGACUAAAUACAAGUGUGAAUUUAGAGUUAGUGGGAUAGUUCUGAGAUUGAGUUAAUAUGGUGGUGUUGACCAAAUUUCAUUCUGUUUUUAAUUGAAUGUUAUUUUGAACUGCCAAGGGUUAUCACAUACAAGAUAGGUGGCCAUAUAAGUUUAUAAUAAUAAUAAAAAAAGGAUUCCACUGGAAAAAGAAAACAGAUGCAGUUAGGAAGUAUGUUCCUUGCGGGUGAAAAGUUGCAGAUUCAAUCCCCCAAAUCUUCUGGUAGGAGGAAGAAAUAGCAGAUGAUGGUGUUGCCUGGAGAAUUACUACUAAAAAUUAGAUGGAACAUCCCCCCCCCCUCCCAAAUCUGUAAUGCAGCAACAUUUUUAUUUUUUAAACGUUGAAAGCAAGAGGAAUAUUGAGACUAAGAUUCAUUUCCUAUUUAUGUAAUUAUGUAGAAAAUUUGAGUUCUCAACACAGCAGCUGCCGGAACAUCUCUUGAUUCCCAGGAUUGGGAAAUUAGCACCCCACAUAGCAAAACAUCAGCUGCAAGCAUCAUCAUCAUUUCUAAAACUGCUUCUGGCCUUGUAUUUUACCUGGCAGUAGUUCAGGGCUUAAGAGCUAUACUUUUACUGCCUGGGGGAAAAUAAAGUAAGUUAAAGUGGUAGAAAGUGGGGCAAGCCACCAUAUAAUUGGGCACUGUGACUAACCAUGGUGUGAGACCAUAAGAUGUUCCUCAAGUUCUAAAUGUGUUCAUAAGCCCUAAAA